CUACCACCACCAGCACAGCAACCCAACCCACCAGGCACCAACUCGUCAUCCCCUUCUCAUUCCAGCCAUCUCUCACCGCGCGCACCCAACCCAACCAACCAACCCGCCCGUCUCCUAUAAAACCCCCGGCGCCCUCCGCCCAUCCGCUCCCUUGUUCUCUCCAAACCCAAUCGCCGCCGCGCUCCGCAGCCACCACCAGCGCCCAACCACACCAGCAGACAGACACAACCACACCUCAAAAUAUGGGGCGGUCGCCGUGCUGCGAGAAGGCGCACACGAACAAGGGCGCGUGGACCAAGGAAGAAGACGACCGCCUCGUCGCCUACAUCAAGGCCCACGGCGAGGGCUGCUGGCGCUCCCUCCCAAAAGCCGCCGGCCUCCUCCGCUGCGGCAAGAGCUGCCGCCUCCGCUGGAUCAACUACCUCCGCCCGGACCUCAAGCGCGGCAACUUCACGCCCGACGAGGACGACCUCAUCGUCAGCCUCCACAGCCUCCUCGGCAACAAGUGGUCCCUCAUCGCCGCCCGCCUCCCCGGGCGCACCGACAACGAGAUCAAAAACUACUGGAACACGCACAUCCGGCGGAAGCUCCUCGCCAGGGGGAUCGACCCCGUCACGCACCGCCCCGUUGCCGCCGACGUUGGCGGCGUCACCACCAUCUCCUUCCACCCGCCGCCGCCGCAGCAGCAGCAGCUCAAGCCGCCGCCCAGGUGCCCCGACCUCAACCUCGACCUCUGCAUCAGCCCGCCGUGCCACCAGCAAGAAGAAGAAGAUGACCAGCCCCUGGACGUGGAGGUGGACCUCAUCAAGCCCGUCGUCGUCGUCAAGCGGGAGGUGCUGCAGGCCGGCCACGGCCACGGCAGCAGAGGAGCACUCUGCUUCGGCUGCAGCCUGGGCCUCCAGAAGGGAGGCCCCGGGUGCAGCUGCAGCGACAGCCACUUCCUGGGGCUCAGGGCCGGCAUGCUCGACUUCAGAGGCCUCGAGAUGAAGUGAAGCGAGGAUCCAACGACGAAAUGAACAGUCUUUUCUCUUGUUUCUUCUCGUGUUCUUCUCGUUUGUUGGUUGGGUUGUUGUUGUUACCGUACUUGAUAGGCAUGCAGUUGGUUAGCAGUUUGUAGGAGGGUUAGUACAGUAGGGGAUGAGGAGGAGAGCGAAGACGGUGACGGUGAGGAACGCAGCGUCAUCCUCCCUGCUCCCUUCUCUUCCAUUUUUUUGUGUAAAUUACUGGCUGGCUGAUGGCCAGGAAUAACGGUAUACUCUGAUGCUAGCUGGGAAUAUAGGGCCGUGUAAAAAUGCUCAGUCUCAAGGUUGUUUCUUCUCUCUGAAGAGUGAAAAAGACUAGAUUCUCCUCUGUUCUGUCAA